GAAUCAAGAUGGCGGCUGCAUUUGGUGUUUGGGAGGUAAAGUUUCCUUCUUCUCGUGCGGUUUACGAUGAAGAAGACGAAGAAGACGAGGAGUUAUCUACCUCGGAGAAUGAGUUGAAAAUUUCUGAGUUUCAUUGGAUAUCCCGGAAUAUCAAUCAAAAGCCCUCUCCAACUCACUGCUCCUUACUCGUUCUCGCGAUCGGAGAAGUUGGGACGACAUUUGUAGAAGCUCACUAUCUGUCAGCGGGGAGUGAAAUCGUUGCCUGUAUUUCAACAAAUAAGAGAAAUGAAAUAGAUUUUGAAAAUUUGUGUUCUCCGUCAAAAUCAGGCGAGACGAGCCGCUUAUAUCGUUUGAAAACGCCACACGAUAAUGACUCAGCAGUUCUUUGUCAAUGCCCCACACCAGUGUCACAGGAAAAAGCAUUCCAGUGGACUGAAAAGUUGUUUGAAUUUCUAAAGCCAUCCAAAGUUGUCAUCUUAUCAUCAGCACCAGCCUGUGAAUAUCACACUGACACACCUGAAAAUCUCAAGUCUGACUUUGUGAAAGUUUUAAAGACAGAUUCCUGGCUGGAAAAGUUGUCACAGAAAGAGUGCUCUUUGUUGGAAACUCCCAAUGUCAUCAGUGGAGUUGCAGCUUCAGUUUUGCAGUAUUGUCAGAUCCACAAUUUAGCUGCAGCUUUAUUUGUAUGCUUCAUGGAGUCAUCUCACGUGGAUUCACAAUCUGUUGAAACCUUCAAAUUCCUCCUCAAAAGUCCUCCCUUAAACUCACUUCGGCAGGCAUCCGGUGAACAAGUAACAAAAGUACUGAAGUCACUAAGAUCUGGAAAACUGAUAGAGAUGAACAUGUACAUGUAGGAGAAUUUCGCUCGGGAAAGGAAAAAUUAAGUUAUCGAGUACAGAUGUGAACUGAACUGAGCCUUAUCCCACCUCGAGUAGAGAAAACGAAAUAGAGUAGUUAAUGAUAUACACCCAGUAAACUACUGCUUUAGAUGGACACUGCGCGUCUUACCAUUCAUGGGUGAACAAUGCGAGACGAAAAAGAAAUACGAAUGUCUGGAAAAAUUGUAAA